GGGACACUGGAGCAAAGCUGGGUCUAUUACAGCCCAUUUAUCUUUUGAAACGAAACACAGAACCACAGAAAAAAGGAGAACUGGACACCGCUGCCUUUGUGCUUUGCAUGUGUGCUUUGUGACCUAAGAUCAUGAAGGACCGCUUAGAGGAGCUGCGGCAGAGGGUGAAGGAGGCCAGCGAGGAAGAGGAGGACGACAACAACCCCUUCAGUGGGGAAGAGGACGAAGAAGACAGAGUGCCUGUGGAACCACAGGCCGUGGUGUUCGAGGAGGAGCCGGUCCUGGAGAACUUCCUGAGAGAGGCGCAGCGCAUCCGCGAUGCCAUCGCCGACCUGGACAGCGAGGUGAAGAAGUUCAGCCAGCAGCAGAAGACUCUGGUGGCCACCAUGCGGCGGUUCAGCGUCAUGAAGAAGGAGAGCAGCAUCACGCGGGACAUCAAACUGCAGGCGGAGAGCAUCUACAAGAGGCUGGAGGCCCUGGCCAGGCAGGUCAAGCGCAUGGAGGACGAGAGCGGCGCCACGGCGGCUGCCGCCCGCAUCCAGCGCACCCAGCACGCCGCGCUCUUCCGUCAGUUCCAGCAGGUCAUGCGUCAGUACAACGACACCCUCAUCAGCAAGCAGGACAAGUGCAAACAGUUCAUCAUUCGGCAGCUGGAGGUGUCCGGGCGCGAGGUGUCCGAGGAGGAGGUGGACAAGAUGAUGGCGCAGGGCCGGUGGGACGUCUUCAACGAAAACGUGCUGCACGAGACCAAGAUCACCCGCUCGCAGCUGUCCGAGAUCGAGCAGCGCCACAAGGAGCUGCUUAACCUUGAGAGCAACAUGAAGGACCUGCGCGACCUCUUCCUGGAGAUAUACAUGCUGGUGGAGGAGCAGGGGGAGCAUAUCGAGAACAUCCAGGCCAACGUGGAGAAGACGCAGAACUACGUGAUGGUCACCAACGAGAAGAUCAAAAUGGCCGUCAGGUACAAGAAGAAGAACCCCUUCAAGAGGCUAUGCUGUUGUUGCUGCCCUUGGAGAAAAUGCCUGUGGUAGUGAGGGAAAAAAAAAGAAAUCUCCAUUUCUGGCAUGGAGCGCUGAUCGGGGAGGCUGCGGUGGUGAGACAAUAGAAUUAGAGACACCGAGAGGGUUCUUCUCCCUCCGCACGCAGUGGAGGCCUCGACUUCCAUCUGGCAGAGAUAAGAGGCAAGGGCACACUGCACUCUGAGAGGGCACUCCAUCAGUGAGGCCAAGUACUGUGAAAACUGAGCAGUGCUGAGAAAGCACUGCGGUGAGCGGGGCUGGCACGCCGAUUUCCUCACACCUGUUCUCACUGCGAGUCAAGAACUGUAUAAAGUCCUUACGCACUCAAAAAUGAUUCCUUAAUUUCUCUAUUUAUUUAUUUAUAACAAAGCAACACAACAGAAACUGACAGGAA